GUCACCAGCUACCGGUAAAAGAGUGUCAGUCCGCUAACUAUGUGACGCUAGGCCUCGGGCACAAGAAACCUGUCCACCGGAAACUUUGGCGAGAUUGAUUCUGGUGGCCGAAGGCUGCUGAACAAAGUGGAGAAAGGGAAGGAGUGAGCGAGGGUUAAGGACACGUCAUCAGAGCGCACCGGAAGCGGUCCGAGAAUGAAGAGUGUGAUCUACCAUGCCCUUUCUCAGAAAGAGGCAAAAGAGUUCGAUGUUCAGCAUCAGGGAGCCCAGCGGGCCGAGGCCCUUGUCAGGGCCUUCCUGAAGCGAAGCACGCCCCGCAUGAGCCAACAAGCCCGUGAGGACCAGCUGCAGCGCAAGGCCGUUGUUCUGGAGUACUUUACUCGUCGGAAGCGAAAGGAGAAGAGAAAGAAAUCCAAAGGCCUCUCUGCCAGGCAGAGGAGGGAGCUGCGGCUCUUUGACAUUAAACCAGAGCAACAGAGGUACAGUCUUUUUCUCCCUUUGCAUGACCUCUGGAAACAGUACAUCCGGGACCUCUGCAAUGGUCUCAAGCCAGAUACGCAGCCACAGAUGAUUCAAGCCAAGCUGUUAAAGGCAGAUCUUCAUGGUGCUAUUAUUUCAGUCACAAAAUCCAAAUGCCCCUCUUACGUGGGUGUUACGGGAAUCCUUCUACAGGAAACAAAGCACGUUUUCAAAAUUAUCACCAAAGAAGAUCGCCUCAAAGUUAUCCCCAAACAAAACUGUGUGUUUGCUGUGGAAAUCGAUGACUUUAUUUCCUACAUUUAUGGGAGCAAAUUCCAGCUUCGGUCAAGUGAGCGGUCUGCAAAAAAGUUCAAAGCAAAGGGAACGAUUGAUCUGUGAAUUCUUUGCUACUUAAGGUGAUUGUUUAUGACAGCUGAAAAUUGGAAACACCCUAAAUACUACCGUUCAGUGAAGAGAUAGGACAAUUCCAGUUAUAGACUACCUCCAGCCAGUGAAAAUCAGAGUUAAGAACAUUUAAUAACAUGAGAUGCACAGUGUCCUGAGUGGAGAAGUCAGGGAACAGAGGAAUUUAGAUUUCCAGGGGAUCUUAAUUAUGUUUUACUUCCAUGGAGAGAAAAGACUGGCAGAAAACAUACCAGGAUUAACACUGGUUGACUUAAAUAGCAGAAUCAUUACAUUAUUUCUUUUAUAUACUUUUCUGUGUUUUCUGAAUGUUCUAUGAUGAAUCAGUUGUUUAUGUAAUAAUAAAAUACAUGUUUGGGCAUAAACAGGCUACAAAUAAGGGAACUAUCCCUUCAGUUCAGCCAGAUCAAAAGGGAAGGGGAACCCCAAAGUUGCGUCUGCAUUGUGGUUUUUACUUUGCAAGCACCUCCCAUCAGGUGCUGCACUUCACGGUGGUGUGGCACAUCAUGACACAUAACUUUAAAUCGUACCAGCUAUCAAACUCUUUGAAACCUAACUGAGGUUCCCUUUGGUGUUUCAAGAAGAGGAGUGAAUGGUGAAGUGGUUAAGUGACUUAGGACUCGUUCACUGCAGGAAUUAGAACCAUGGUGGACCACAGAGGAAAAAUGCUAGGUCCAGUAGUGCUUAUUAAUGGUUGUUCCGGUGCAGGUAGAUUAAACCUCCAACAGCAUUCCCAUACCUGAGUCUCUUAGGCUCCAGAUGUAGGUAGACUGAAAGGAAAAUAAGACACUGCAGCUCUUCUAAGGUCUAAACUGCUAAGGAAGCAAAAGUCUCCAGCAAUGGUAUCUUUUCACACCUUAGUUUCAUUUUUGCUGCCAGAGAAUUUGCUUUGCAGUUUGACUCUAGCUAUGUGUGGCAAUGUGUCUGUAAGGCCAGGAGAUGAGGCCCCUCUAUGCAGGGCCAGAGUAAAAACAGGACGGGGCCAGAGUGGGAACAGGUGGGGGACCAGUCUUCCAACACCUGGUAUUAGGAAAGCCACACGAGUCAGGAACAUGGCUCAGAAGGACUGAUGGCCCCUUCCCUCCAAGAAGCAAGUGUGCGCUGACCACAAGGUGAGGCCAGUAGCACCCCCCGCAUAAAAAGGCAGCAAAUUCCUGUGCUUUUUCUCACACUGGGAGAGGCUUUGGUUUCUCGGUAUCUCCUACUCAGACCCCAUAUUGGAAGAGAAACACUGACUUUAUGAGGGAGAGCAGAAAGGACUAGCUCUGUGCCACUGCACCUCCCAAAAUCUGUGUGCACCCGGAGUCUCAUGGGGGCCGGUCUGGUGGCCUGACCCUGCUCCCAUCUGUGUGUGGUGUCCACUGCUCACCAGGACGCUUCUGAAACCACUUGGGCACCCUCCCCAAGUGAGCAUGUGGUCGUCACUUCCUGUGAUGUAAAGCACGCAUGGGCCAGGAAGUCAGAGCUCCAGUCCCAGCUCUACCUCAGACACAGUCACCUGGCACAACAACUGAACUCUGUGGUAUGCCAUCCUCAUUUUGCCACAAGGAGACACAGACUCAAAGUGGUCACUUGCCCAAGGUCUUGCUGACUGAGAGGGGAGAGCUGAGAUUUGAACCCCAUAGUCUGGCUCCAGAGCCGUGCUAUUCACGACAUGGUGGCUGCCAGGAUGAGAAAGCUGCUGUGCUACAGUUCAUAAUGUGGCCCCUUUAUUACCUGGCUUCCCACUAAGGAAAUCUCCGUCUUCAGUGUAAAGUGGCUUCUGUUCCUCGAACCAUCUGAAAGUGCCACAUUUGUAACAGCAUAGGUGCUAUAACUUCCUAAACCAUACUGCUCUUACCCACCCCUCUGCAAUGUAAA